AUGGCUGCGCUGGCUCGGAGCGUCCUGGUGACGGGGUCCAACCGGGGCAUUGGGCUGGAGCUCGUGAGGCAGCUGGCUGCCAGCCCCUGGCCCCCCCAGCACAUCUUUGCCACCUGCCGUGACCCCGAGGGUCCGAGAGGGAAGGCCCUGCGAGACUUAGCUGCCCAGCACCCCAGCAUCAAACUGGUCCAGCUAGACACAGUGGACCUGCCCAGCAUCCGAGGGGCCGUGCGGGCUGUGGGGUCUCACGUGAAGGACCAGGGCUUGAACCUGCUCAUCAACAACGCAGGCGUCAGCUCGCACGCCACGCUGCGCUCCCUGGAUUCGCAGGAGAUGCUCUCCGUGUUUGCCACCAACGUGGUUGGGCCACUGCAGGUUGCCAAGGAAUUUCUGCCGCUGCUGGAGAAGGCAGCGAAGGGUGCGGGGAAGGAGGGGCUGAGCUGCAGCAGGGCCGCGGUCAUCAACGUCUCCACCAAACUGGGCUCCAUCGGGCUGUGCCUCGGGGUGCUGGAGGCCCCCAUGUACCCGUACCGUGCCAGCAAGGCUGCCCAGAACAUGGUGACGAGGUGCAUGGCUGUGGAGCUCCAAGAGAAAGGAAUCUUGUGCGUGGCCAUCCAUCCAGGCUGGGUGAAGACCGACAUGGGGACGGAGAAGGUACUGGGCUGUGCAGGGAAGAAUCGGCAGGACCCCUGCUGUACCCUCAACUCUAGGGGAGGGCAUUGGUGUUUAGGGCAGGGGAUGUUGUGUAAUGCUGUGGGCUGCCAGGACCAUCUCCUGGCGUGGAGCAGGCAGGGAGCUUCAACGUGCCAAGAGCACGGGGUAGCCAGCCCUGUCCCCCUUGCCCAGCACAGAGAGCAGGAGGGUGGCAGUAGGGAAAAAUGCCCCCGUGAGCAUCGUGGGUGCUGCUCCCCGGGCCCUGCACCCUCCAGUCUGCUCAAGCCCGGGCUCUCUGUGCCAGUGGCAGCCCCUGGCAGCGAUGCUGCACCGUGUCCUCUUCUGCAGGCACCCCUGAUGGUGGAGCACAGUGUGCAGGGCAUUUUGAACGUGCUGGCCAGCCUCUCGCAGGACACCUCUGGCGCCUUCCUCGACUGGGAAGGGAACAGCCUGCCCUGGUGAUGGACAGACGCACAGACAGAUGACGGCGCUUCUUACCCACAUCGCAGCCUCCCGCUCGCUGGCGCAUCCCUCCGCAUGGUCACCCUGCUUGUCCUCCACCGGCCCUGGGGUGCCAGGGAGAGGGGAAGGGCAUGGGGAGUACCUUCCCCACCCCACACACGACCCUGCAGCCCCCCUGUACCCCCUGCCUCUGUAAAUGCCGGGAGCUGAUGCCUCUCUGCUCCAUCUCUGCACCCGCAGCC